GUUCAAUGUUCUAUUAAAGGUUUGAUGUUUUAUAUUCUAGGAAACGGCAGCCAUUACGGACCUUUACACAUCGUACUUACCCUCCUGAUGGCCAUAAGUUCAAUACUCUACAUACCCCCUUUCAUUACAUAAUCACACAGGUGCCACUAUUUAUUCCGAGGCAUUGCCGCUUACCAGGCUUAUCAGGCUUAUCAGCCAAAAAAAAUAAUUGACAGCCAAACCCCACUGAAAUUCGGCCUUCUCAAUUCCCCAUACGGUAUUUGACUUGCGUUUGACUUGCGAUCGAUUUGCGAUUGCGACGAGGUCAAUUCAAAUCACGAUGGGUCUUGCAGGUCCUAGGAACCGGCGAAAGCUCCAGCACGAUCCGAAUAAUACGAAAUGGAGCCGUGACGAGACGACCUUCGGUCAGAAGAUUCUGCGAGCACAUGGUUGGGAGCCGGGAAAGUUUCUAGGAGCGCAAGAUUCCUCGCACUCUCAUUUACACACGGCUGCGAGCGCCGCCCCUAUAAAUGUCCUCCUAAAAGAUGACACCAUGGGUUUAGGAGCGAAGCCCCGGCACAAACAAAACACCGAAUGCACUGGCCUCGAUGUCUUCAAAGAUCUCCUCGGUAGACUGAACGGGAAAUCCGAAGAGGUAAUUGAGAAAGAGAGGAAGGUGAAGUCAGAAGUUAAGACUUGUUUGUACGUAGAGAGGAAAUACGGUACCAUGAGAUUUGUCAGUGGAGGUCUCUUGGUUGGAGACCAGAUAGCGGGAUUGACUAGCACGACCGCCAAAGCUGAAACUCCCACAGAGGACGUGAAGGAAGAGGAUAUCAAGGAGGAAUCAGUCACCUCGCUGGAGGAUGUUCCUGAUCGCCCCGUGAAGAAGCAGAAGAAGGAAAAGAAAUCCAAGAAAAGGAAAGCAGGAGACGUCGACUCCGCCGAUGAGCCCGAUGCUACCCUCGAAAAGAAGCGAAGGAAAUGGUUAAAGGAAAAUAUCUCACAGGAAGACUCGGCUUGUACCGUAAAAGCCGAAGGCUCUAGCAAAAAGAAGAAAUCCAAGAAGUCUAAAUGGAAAGACAUUGAUGGAUCAGAGCCACUCGAGUCGGAGAAAAAGAAGAAGAGCAAAAAAUCAAAGAGGGACAAUGGGUGCGAGACUGAGAACGAUGACACAUCUAUUCCGUCAGAAGAGACCCCGGUAGAAAAGUCCAAAUCAAAGAAAGAGAAGAAAGAGAAACACAAGAAGGACAAGAAGCAAAAACAGUCGAAUUCGUCAGCGGAUGCAUAUAUUUCAACGGGCACUUCAACUCUUGCGUCCGACGCUACCCCUCAAGAGAGUGGCACGUCGACGCCCAUUGGGACGGGCACUUCAACUCCUCAACCCAUUUCUGCACGACAUUUGGCUCGGUCCCGCCACAUCGCAUCGAAACGGAUGGCCAUAGCUGAUUUGCAAGCAAUGAAUCAAAUUUUCAUGGUAAAACCGGUUUGAUAUAUAAUAUUAGCGAUUUGAUUAAUCGGAGUGUUUGCAUUAGAACGCUUGGGCUUUGAUGCCCGUAGAUAUGAUUCAACAAUAUAAAUAAGCCUCGAUCGAAAAUAGAGAAGAAUGAUGAAGCUUUAAAUGGGCCUUAAUACUAGCAAAGAGACCAGCUGCGCAACUAAGUCUCUUGUGAGCUGCCGUAGACAAAUGUUAUUACCUACUGUUUAUAUAGACGGAGAUAGCUGCAUGUUUUUCUAGUAGUAAGUAAACAUCGUGUUAAUAUCAUGUUACAUGGCGGAAGUAAUAGAGAACAUCCUACCUCUACAUGGCUAGGCUUGGCUUGGGCUUGCAUACCCGGGGUCUUGGGCAGGGCAGAGUUAGUCCCAAUUCAUCUCACCGCACAGCGCGAU